AUGGAUCUCUUUGUUGUUGAGAAGGUUGCCCAAAAGCGGAUUUAUGGCUACACAAACUGUUCCUGCGAUCCAAACAGGUCCCAAGUCGAUGAUCAUCUCUUCAAUUUCGCAAAAUUCUGCAGACCCAAUUAUCCCGAUCAUGUUUCCUGCGAACCCAUUGCCCCAAAUAAGCCGAAUACCAUACAUUCGCGCACAACAGUUGAUGAUGAUGAUCUGUGGCUGAGAAUGAAAGACGAAGCUCGAUCAGACGUUGAUCAAGAACCCAUAUUAUCAAGCUACUAUUUUACCUCAAUCUUGUCUCAUGAUUCCCUAGGAACUGCUCUAGGCAAUCAUCUCUCGUUGAAGCUGAGCGAUUCGAGUCUUCCCAGUGGUACCCUCUAUGAUCUUUUCCUGGGGAUGCUCGCAGAGGAUCAAGAAAUCAUGAAUGCUGUUAAAGAUGAUUUGAGGGCAGUGAAAGAGAGAGACCCAGCUUGUAUUAGUUAUGUGCACUGUUUCUUGAAUUUCAAAGGCUUUCUUGCAAUCCAAGCUCAUAGGGUUGCACAUAAGCUAUGGACACAGGGGAGGAAAAUUUUAGCCCUUUUGAUACAAAACAAAGUAUCUGAAAUGUUUGCAGUGGACAUCCAUCCCGGGGCGAAGAUCGGACGGGGGAUAUUGCUCGAUCAUGCGACCGGAGUGGUUGUCGGAGAGACGGCAGUGAUUGGAAAUAAUGUGUCAAUUUUGCAUAAUGUGACAUUGGGAGGCACUGGCAAGGCUUGUGGGGAUAGGCAUCCAAAAAUUGGUGAUGGGGUGUUGAUUGGUGCAGGUACUUGUGUUUUGGGCAAUGUUAGGAUUGGGGAUGGUGCUAAGAUUGGGGCUGGGUCAGUGGUGUUGAAGGAUGUGCCUCCUAGGACUACUGCUGUUGGGAAUCCAGCUAGGUUGAUUGGAGGGAAGGAAAAUCCAAUUAGGCUUGACAAGAUUCCUAGUUUCACCAUGGACCAUACUUCACAUAUAUGGUCUGAUUAUGUUAUUUAGAGGCUCAUUUCACUCUCCUAGUCGUAUGAUCAUCGUACCUCGAAAAUCCCAUAUUUCGAGAUUCCUACCAUAUGGUGCGGUUGUGGAAUCCUAGCCGAUAUUUUGAACCUUCUUUAGUCUUUCUUUUUUACUUUCUAGGAAGUUGGAUUUUUGUUUUUACUUUUAAAUGAGAGCUGAAGUUCUCCUAUUAGCAAGAAAUGCUUUUGAGCUGCUGAUAACGUAUAUGUUGCUUUUGCCAUUAAAAUAGUGGGAAAAUGUUGCCAAGAUGACCAUGUAUUAUUAUUAGGUAUCAAGUAAACAUGUUUCUUGUCAUAUAAUUGUUUUUUACAUUGUUCUCUCUUAUGUUCCAAGACCACAUUGUGCUAUGAGUAUGAAAUGGAAAUUAUGGCAUUCCCUUUACAUUUUUUGUUC